AUGGAACGAAGAGGGAGCGAAAGCAAAGAAAGGAAGAAUGAGAAAGAGCGAGCACGGUUCGCCGUCCAAAAUUCCACUGAUUUCGGCUUUUCCGACCGAGCAGCAGUGUUUUCGCUCGGAAUUCGGACGUUCCGAGCGGUGGGCUGCGCAGCUCUGCCGACACACUUUGUCGUGGAAACAAUUCUGCUGAACACACACACCAUCGACGACGACGAGACUCAUCGGAACCUCGACCGACUGAUUGGAAAGAUGUCGACGCGAAAGGAAAAGCUCCGCGCGUGUCUGCGAUGCCAGUUCGUCCAAUCACCGAGGGAUUUCCACCUCAAAGGGUGUCCUAACUGCGAACCUGUGCUCGAGAUGCAAGGGAGUCAAGACAGGGUGGCCGAAUGCACGACUUCCAACUUUGACGGGAUGAUCUCGAUGCUAAGACCAGAGGAGAGUUGGGUGGCCAAGUGGCAGCGGAUCGAAAAACGCCUUCCAGGACUGUACGCAGUCAAAGUGGUCGGCAGGCUACCCGAAGGAAUCGGCUCCUGA